CAGGGGUACGGGUGAGUAGGGUCAGUCAGAUUGAUUCAAACAAAACAUGGCGUCAAAACUUUUUGGGAAUGAUGCUUUAAAAUACCUCCGUUUACCUCUCUAUAGAAAUCUUGGAGUCCGUUGUCAAUCCAUAGGAUCUGCUAGUACUCAUAUUGACAAGAGAUACGAACUAGAAAAUGCGAAGAGGGAAAACGUGACGAGAUUUGCGUUUGAUAAUUCAAGGGAAGCGUUUCGUUCGAAGACCAGCCUUCAGCUUCUUCGCGCUCUGCUUGUCUUUAGACUGUGUUCAAUAAACUUUCUUGUCCAAAAAAACCAACAGUUGAUGAAGCUUGGUCAAAGAAUGCUGGGGAAAGGAUUGUUUCGUAAGUUAAUGAAGGCCACUUUUUAUGGUCAUUUUGUUGCGGGAGAAGACCACGAAGCCAUCAAACCAACCAUCUCAAAGCUGGAACAAUACGGUGUGGGAGCUAUUCUGGAUUAUUCAGUAGAAGAAGAUUUGAGUGAAGAGGAUGCUCAAAAAGCUAUGGGCAAUGAUCAGGUCCCCAUUGAUCAACCUAAAGCCCUAGCAGAUAAUCCAGAUGAUUACAAAAAGUACAGAUCCUACAAACAGUUUGCAGAUCGACGUAAAGGUGUUGUUAGUGCCCGUACAUACUUCUAUUCUGGUGAACCAGAGUGUGAUAAAAGGCUAGAGACGUUUAUUAGUUGUGUUGAUGCUUCUGGUGGGUCAUCAUCUGAUGGCUUUGCUGCUAUCAAGGUUACAGCACUAGGGAGACCACAGCUCUUGCUGAAAGUGUCAGAGAUAUUAAACCAAGUACAAAAUUUCUUUGACCAACUGGCCAAAGGUUCUGCAAUACAGAAUAAGAUAGGAUCAAGUAUUGCCAAGGACCAUUUUUUUGAAGGACUGGAUAGACUAGGGGUGCAUAUUAACCAGGAUGAAGCUGAUCAUAUUUUUGAUUUAAUUGAUAAAGACAAGUCGGGUGAUAUCGACGUGAUAGAAUGGCACGAGUUUCUAACGCCGCAGCUGCAACUAUCACAUUUGUUCAAAGCUAAACCUACCGGAAAUGAAAAGAGUGGAAAACCUAUAAUAUCUAUUCUAGAUAAGGAUGAUCUUCGGCAAAUCCAGAAUAUGAGAGACAGACUCACUAAACUAGCUAAGCAUGCAGAAGACCGAGGUGUUCGACUGAUGAUAGAUGCCGAACAAACCUACUUCCAGCCAGCCAUUAGAAGACUAACUUUAGAUUUACAAAGAGAUAUUAACAAAGAUCGACCUUUGGUUUUUAAUACUUAUCAGUGUUACCUUAAGGACGCCUACCGUCACGCCCAGGUCGAUAUGGAACUUGCUCGCCGUGAGGGCUUUUGUUUCGCUGCCAAAGUUGUCCGCGGUGCAUACAUGGAACAGGAGAGACUCCGUGCAGCCACAUUAGGAUACACUGAUCCCAUCCACUCUAGUUAUGCUGCAACGAGUGAUUGCUUUGAUAAAACUAUGAAUUCCAUCAUAGAACAGGCAGCUAAAGGCCGAGCUAAUGUGAUGGUUGCCUCACAUAAUGAGAAUUCAAUUCGCUUUGCUGUGCAAAGAAUGGAAGAGCUCGGUCUUGACCCUGAUUCAAAACGUGUCUUCUUUGGUCAGCUGCUUGGAAUGGCGGACCAAAUUUCAUUUACUUUAGGUAAUGCCGGAUACUCAGUCUACAAGUACGUCCCGUAUGGCCCCGUAGAGGAUGUUCUUCCGUACCUCUCUCGUAGAGCCAUGGAAAAUAGGGGUCUUUUGAAGGGAAUUCUGAAGGAAAGAGCCAUGUUAUGGGAGGAGUUUCGCCGCAGAGGUCGAGAAAAUCAGCUCUUUCCUUUAAAUGCAUCACUGUAAAUAAUGUUGAGAAUCCGACGAUGCGUUCUUCGAAUGACCUCAGUGAGAUUUGUCCGUCCAUGGAUUUGUUCGUCCAUGGAUUUGUUUAAUGACCUGCAGGAAUUCCGGCUACCUCUAUAUUCCGAGCAAUACGGUCAUUGAAUGACUUUGUCAGUACGACCAUGGAUUUUUUCAUAACCUUGAUAAUCCGACCAGGAAUUUGAGUGACCUCUAUAUUCCGACCAAAAGGUCAUUGAAUGACUUCGGUAAUCCGAACAUCUCAAUUUUCCUGACCAUGACGUUGAAGACUUUGAUAAUCCGAAUAUGAUUUCUUCCGAGAACAUUUUGAAUGCCCUCUAGUCCUCUAGGUCAUCAAUUUUUGAAAAUGACCUCUAUAUUCCGGUCAUUUUUCUUUAAAAUGAACUCUAAUUAUAUGGAUAAAUAACUUUUAUAUA